AUGGCCGAUGGCCUUGUCCCAGCUCUGAUCAAGUUCGGAGAGACCCUCUCUGAUGGGUCGGUGGAACCUUCCCAGAAGCUUCGGGUUCUGAAUACACUGAAUGAUGUGAAACUCACUCUAAGCGAACUGUCUGAGUCUGGACUCGGGCGAAUCGUGAGUCGGUUGAAAAACGAACCCGGUGAUCUGGGCACAACAGCUCGCAUUUUGGUCACCAAAUGGAAAAAUUUAUUGCAGAACUAUUUGAAACGGGAAUCCGCUCAACUUUCCGACCAGCCCGGUUCAGUUGGAGAAGGAUCGUCUGGAUCCCCUGUACACAAUCCCACUUCUUUGACAAAUGGACACGAACAUUCACAUACACCUGAUCGACAAAACUUAGAAGUAUCCCAUGUACAGAAGAGCUCUACUCUGGUGAGGCGCUCUACCAAAAUUGUCCCCACCCCUCGUCCAUCCGACACCAAGAGUCAGUCAAGUUCAGCUUCCGCACCACUUGCAUCCACCUCAUAUUCUUCCGUCCACUCUUCUGUCACUAAGUCGACCGUCCCAUCCGCAUCCACCUCCUCCUCACUAUCAUCAUCUGCCAAUCGCUCAGAAACUACAGAUCCCGUACAGUCCGCAAACGAGACUAGCAAAUCAAAAAGAAAACGUAAACCCAGUGCUGACACAACCGAUUCAAUUGAUGCCAGUAGUGGACUCUCGUUCAUGGAAUCCCUUUGUGCCGUUUCCACAUCGCAGCCGGUGCGCAAGAAACGUGCUAAAUCAAACAAAACAUCGAGGGAUUCACCAUGUCUACCGGUCCCGGGGUCUGUACCAACACCACCUCGCCCAUCCGCCUCGUUCACGGCCGAGGUGUUGUCCUCUUUGAAUGAAGAUGUGGAUCGUCCGGAUAUUGUUAACCGUAGUCUUUCAACUAACCGUCCCGGUACCCUUGAAGAUGAUGACGAUGAUGGUGAUUUGAAAUUCAAGUCGAAAAAGAUCCUCUGGGUUCCUAAACCCUCACGAAACCACCACCCUGCCCGAGUUGGUCAAAGCGGAUCAUCCGGAUCCACCUUGGGCUCGCCAUCCCUAGAUCAAUUUCAAACACCACCUAGUCUGAUUGAUCUCUGUCUGGUCGUGGUCGAACGAAAUCUAUCUCGAGUAGAUCAUGUAGGUCAGGUCCCGUAUGAGUUGUUUGGACGAGCUCUGAAACACGCCACUCCGGCCGAAUUGGCUCACAUUGAACAGUGCAAUCCG